GUACACUUCAUAGCAAGGGACGCCAUUUUGUACGAGUCUGCGCGGUAUGGUUUUCUUUUCACAUGGAAAGGGAAAUCGCCCCUCGGACUGCGGGGGGAAAGAGCUUUUAUUUUCAUUAACCCAAAAUGUUCCGACCGCAACUUUUACAUCAAGCGAGGAGAGCAUAUUCGACAACUUGGAAGAAAAAUCCUCAAUUGGAUUCAAUAAUUCGCGUCGACCAUGCUGGAGAACUCGGGGCAGAUCGUAUAUAUGCAGGGCAGAUGGCAGUCCUGGGGAACACGGCUGAGGGGCCUCUGAUCAAGCACAUGUGGGAGCAAGAGAUUAAACAUAGAGAGAAAUUUGAAGAACUCAUCUCGAAAUAUCGUGUGCGACCAACCGUUAUGACCCCUCUGUGGAAUAUUGCAGGAUUCGCACUCGGGGCUGGUACAGCACUCUUGGGAAAGGAAGCAGCGAUGGCGUGUACGGUAGCAGUCGAAACUGUCAUAGUGGAUCACUACAAUGAUCAGCUCCGGACCCUCAUGGAAGAUCCUAACGUGGACAAAGAAAUCCUGGAAACGAUCACUAAGUUCAGGGACGAAGAACAGGAACAUCACGACACGGGCAUCGACCACGGAGCCGAACAAGCACCCUUCUAUAAAGCCUUAACCGAAGUCAUCAAGACAGGUUGUAAAGUUGCUAUUUCUAUAUCGAAGAAGAUUUAGGCAGUGACGGUCA